AUUUUCUUCCCGACGUAUCUGUGUGGGCGGUUACUUGAAUGUUGACAGGUAAACGUUAGCAGGGCUUAGCAUGAUUUUGAGAUAUUAUGGCGAAGAGACUGUCUCCCGUGGCAGAUGAUAUGAGGGCAGCAGCUAAGUUUGCUUCAAAAGAUAGAGCAACGGACAUAUUAAUGAACGUAUUUGUUGUUUAAAGUGGCGUAGUGAUAUUUGCUAGUAGUGGACGUUGCUAGUCUCGGCGCUAGCUGCGUUAGCCUGCCCCUGCUUAAGGCUACAAAACCGUCGGCUUCAGCUGAACUUCAGCCCUUCACAAAUGUCCGACAUCGCCGAGAUGAGUCUGCCGGCUGAGUGGGGAGACGACGAGCGAAUGAACUUUCUGUUCUCGGAGUUCAAGGAGAACCGAGACGUAAACACCACAGACUGGGACAGUAAGAUGGACUUCUGGGUGGCUUUGAUCCUGAAGAGCUGCAGGGAGCGCGGCUCUGUGCUGGUCAACCUGCAGGACCUCCACAAGACCUUCCGGAGGAAAGAGAAGUCCCCCCUGGGCUUGUCAACAGUCAUCCAGUCCAUGGCCAGGUGUGGGAAGAUCCAGAGGGAGCCGGAGUUUGCUGCUUCUGUGGACUGUGGGUGGGUGUCCUGGAGUGUGGGCAUGCUGCUGGUGAAACCUCUUAAGUGGACCUUCUCCACUCUCCUAGGAGGUGGCCGGGUGCCUCUGGAAGAGUCUUUUGUUGUUCUUGAACUAGUGAAGGAGAAAGCAGCAGAACUACUCGGGGUUUACCAGAGCAGUGAGUAUUCCAGCUGCCCUGUCGUGUCAUUUCAAGAGCUCUGUAGUCUCUCUUCUGACAUCUGUGCUGAUGAGAGCACACUCUGCAUGGCGCUCCUGCAGCUGCAGAAGGACAAGCAGGUCAUAGUUUCCUUACAUGAAGGAGAGAAGAUUGUUAAAUUCUGUCAGCCGGGACAGGAGCGUGUGUCUGCUCUUGGUGAUGUGGACAUUGGCGUCUACCAGCUGCAGCUCAGUGAAAAGCUGCUGGGGGAACGCGUGCAGAAGCUGAGCCUGGAGGCUGACCGGUGCCGAGAGGAGGCCAGACUUCUGCUGCGGGAGGGGAAGAAGUCACAGGCGCUGAGGUGUUUGAGAGGCUGCAAGAGGCUAGAACAGAGAGCAGACAGCCUGCUGGCCAAGUUAGAGACGAUCAGGGGGAUUCUGGACCGGAUCGCUCAGUCCCAGACUGAUAAGAUGGUAGUGCAGGCGUAUCAGGCUGGAGUGGCCGCCCUCAGGCUCUCUCUAAAAGACGUGACUGUGGAACGUGCAGAGUGCCUCGUGGAUCAAAUACAGGAGCUAUGUGACACUCAGGAUGAGGUGAACCAAACUAUUUCCAGCGGUGUGACAGCUGCAGACGAAGGCAUGGACGGGUUGGAGGAAGAGCUGAAGUCUUUGUUAGAUGAGUCGAAGCCAGAUUUUGUGUCCGGUUUUCCCACGGUUCCGACAAAGGUUCUGGGACCCUCCAGCGAUCUGGUACUCGGCUCUCUUCCCGCCGUACCUCACGGCAGCUUGAACACUUCCACUGGCGAGCUGGAGGACGAGCUGAAUUGGUUAACUCUGACAGAUUCAGGCUUCCAGCAGAAGAAAGUGAAGUCACCAGAGAAGAGACUGGAGCCUGCCCAGUGACGGUCAGCGGAGAUAUGACGGCUCUGGAGAUCUCCUUCAGUUCGCUUUCAAAGUCCAUAUGUUUCCAUUCAAGUAAAAAAUAUCCCUUAAUAAUUGAAAUCAGGGUCAAAACAAAGCACCUUAUCUGCUUUUAAUUAAUAAGUGAAUACAUUUACUGUGGAGGCAUGCUAAGUCAGACUUUUAAAAGUAUAAACUGCACAUUAAUUAUACUUUUACUCCAAAAACAGGAAGACUGUUACUGAGCCUGACAGGAAAACAACCAAAUUAAAGGUUCAUAGUUAAUAUUUGUUUCUGUAUGUCAGACAGAUGUGUAAAAGUGGCCUUGUGAACUGUACAUAAAACCUAAAUAGUUAAGAGAAUGCCAAAAGAUUGAUUUAAACUGGGUGUGUCUGUGCGUCUCACCUGUGAGAACUUAGAAACCUCCCUGAGGACAAGUUCAUCAAACAUGUUUGUCCAAAUAAAAUGUAUUUAAAUCCC